UCUCAUUCAUAUAAGAUUCCCCCCAUGUACUCAACUGUGUUUCACACGAGUAUAGUCAUGGCAUUUGCACUCAUGCUAAAGGGAAAUUUCAGCAUCCUUGUUAUACUUUCAAUUUCUUUGUUUUGCUUUUACUCAGAGGCUGCUGAGGGUGAUUUGCAAGGACAAAACAUGCUAAAGGCUCUAUCGUGCUUUGACAAUAAACUCAUUUAUGUUGGGUGUGAUGAAGCAUAUAGAUUAAACCCAUCUGGGAAUAUUAACAUACCACCGGUGGCCACUGAUUUUUUCUGUAGUGGACCGUGCCUAACUGAAACACAGCUAGUGCUGAAUUGCAUUGAUAACAUACUAUCCAAUUUCAUAUUCUACAACAAGGCAACUUUACAACAAAUGAGAUAUGCACUAAAUGCUGGCUGCAGCUACUCAAGACAAAGAGGGAACUUCAAUUUGGCAGAGUAUAUCGGAGGAGAGACAAAUAAUGCUCCCAAGUUAUCAAUCGACAAUCUCUUCAUCCUGGCAGUAGCAGCAGUUUAUGCAAUGUGAUUUGAGGUAUUAGCCGCAACUAACAGAUGCUCAAUGGACUUCAUUAUAUUUUAAACCGGAUAGUGAUAGCUUCCUACUUUAUUGUAACGUUCAUGACAGUUGUCUUAAUGUACUUCCUAUUUACAGUUAGUAUAAUUA